UUAUAAGCUGAAAACGGUUCAGGCAUGAGUCAGUCAGGUUCUGCUUCCUCCUGGGUGAACGCGGUUUAUCUCAGAGGCACGAGGUUAAGAUGUUGAGGAGCUUGCUGUUCACAGUGAUCUGUGGGUCAGUAGUGGCCCUUAAGGACCCAACCCUGGACAUGCACUGGCUGCUGUGGAAGAAAAAUCACAGCAAAACCUACACUAGUGAGUUGGAGGAGUUGGGUCGGAGGGAAGUUUGGGAGAGCAACCUGCGCUUGAUCACCCUACACAACCUGGAGGCUUCUUUGGGAAUGCACACAUAUGAAUUGGGCAUGAACCAUAUGGGAGACAUGACUCAAGAGGAGAUCCUGCAAAAGUUUGCCGGGACUCGAGUACCUCCUAACCUGACAAGGAGGACUUCUACAUUUGCUGCUUCUGCUGGAAUUUCAGUACCAGAUUCAAUUGACUGGAGGGAAAAGGGCUAUGUAACAGAGGUCAAGUACCAGGGUGCAUGUGGUUCAUGCUGGGCAUUCAGUGCUGCUGGUGCACUAGAGGGUCAGCUAAAGAGGACUACAGGUCAGGUGACAUCUCUCAGUUCCCAGAACUUGGUGGACUGCUCUACAAAGUAUGGAAACAAGGGUUGCCAUGGAGGUUUCAUGACCAGGGCCUUCCAGUAUGUCAUUGACAAUAGUGGUAUAGAUUCUGACGAAGCCUACCCUUACACUGCUGUGGACGGACAGUGCAGAUAUGACCCAUCAAAACGUGUUGCCAAUUGCUCCGGUUAUUAUUAUGUUUCUGAGGGUGAUGAGGAGGCACUUAAGCAAGCUCUGGCCACCAUUGGCCCCAUCUCUGUGGCUAUUGAUGCUACUCGUCCAACGUUCCUCAUGUACCGCAGUGGUGUCUACAAUGACCCAACUUGCACCCACGACGUAAACCACGGAGUGCUGGCUGUAGGGUAUGGCACCCUGAAUGGAGAAGACUACUGGCUAGUGAAAAACAGCUGGGGUACAAGUUUUGGAGAUGGAGGCUACAUCCGCAUUGCCCGCAACAAAGGCAAUAUGUGUGGCAUUGCAAGCUAUGCUUGCUACCCAGUCAUGUAGGACAGAUAAACAGGAGCAUAUUAUUAGAUUCUUGAUUACCUUCAUUUCUAGUAUGUUUUUAAAUCAGAUGUUUAUGAUUUUGUUUUAUCUUUAUCUUAAAUGUUGCUUCACGAAAUACAUUGAUUUUAUACUUGAACAAACUUUUUUGUACAGAAAUUGAAACUGAUAUAUGAAAACAUGAUUCUACCCCACUGAAUUUACAAGUGACUUUUUAUUAGUGCAACAUCACCACAAACAAUUUCACAUGAGGUAUCAAAGGAUUUUCAAAAUUGGUACACAACAUCCAGUUAUGAUUGACACACAGACUGUCAUGAUUCAAAACCUUUGGUUGGUUAGCAACAUUCAUAGGUUAACAUGAGGAGAGAAUGACACAAUGACUUACUGACAAAUGUCCCAAAUAAAACUGGCACAAACACGAUCAAUGGCAAUGAUUUUAAAGCUUUUUGGUACCUGUAACUUUUAUAUGUUUAGGGAUCACAAUAUUGAACACCUUUUUAACAAAAAAAUCUGAUGCCAACUUUUGUUCUAAAGUGUCUUUCAGUUCUACAAGCUGAAAGGUCAAUAUACUUCAAAAGUUCUCUAGCAAUGUCAAGUUGUCUUCUAAAAUUAUAUUCUAUUUAGACAAAUUACAAAAGGUGUCCAGUGGCUGUAACUAUAUUAUGAACAGACACUUUACAGUUUUAGUCAAGUUUGGCUCUUAAGUCAUCUAUAUUUGACUGUCACCUAUUCUUUUUUUGAUUUAUUGUUUAACUGGUUACACUUUUGUGGGAAGAAUAAACAAUCAUAAAUACAGCAAGA